AUAGGUUGUUCAUAGUAUAGAUGGCAAAUGCAUCCGGUUUCUUUAGUCCUUCAGUUCCAAGCCUAAGGAGAAAGGUUAAGCCUUCAAUAGAGAUGACUGGAUCUGGGUUUUUCUCUUGCGGAAGAAUAUCCAGAAGGGUAUUCUGCUCCAGCUCCAUUGAAGGUGCAGAGAAGCUUUCCACUUCUCAAUCUCAAAUACCCAGGCUCAUUAGUAAUGGUUGCAAGUUAGUUGGUAGUGGUUCAGCAGUACCUGCUCUUCAGAUUUCAAAUGAUGACCUUGCAAAGGUAGUUGAUACUUCUGAUGAAUGGAUAUCAGUUCGAACUGGGAUUCGCAAUCGACGAGUUCUUACAGGAAAAGAUAGUUUGAUUUCCUUAGCCACUGAGGCAGCAAGAAAAGCUCUUCAGAUGGCAGAGGUUGAACCUGAUGAUGUGGACCUGGUGUUGAUGUGCACAUCUACACCAGAGGAUCUUUUUGGUAGUGCUCCUCAGAUCCCAAAGGCACUUGGCUGCAAAACAAAUCCUUUGGCUUAUGAUAUUACAGCUGCUUGUAGUGGAUUUGUAUUGGGCCUAGUUUCAGCUGCUUGUCACAUUAGGGGAGGUGGGUUUCGAAAUGUACUGGUAAUCGGUGCUGAUGGUCUUUCUCGAUAUGUUGACUGGACGGAUAGAGGAACUUGUAUUCUCUUUGGGGAUGCUGCUGGUGCUGUGCUUGUACAGGCCUGUGACAGUGAGGAUGAUGGUUUAUUUAGUUUUGAUUUGCAUAGUGAUGGUGAUGGCCAGAGACAUUUGAAUGCUGGCAUUACAGAAAGUGAAGUGGAUCAUGCAUUGGGAUCUAAUGGUUCAGUUUUAGGCUUCCCUCCCAGGCGUGCCUCAUAUUCCUGCAUUCAGAUGAACGGAAAAGAGGUCUUCCGCUUUGCUGUUCGAUGUGUCCCACAAUCUAUAGAGUCUGCUCUUGAGAAGGCCGGUCUCACAGGAUCUAGCAUUGAUUGGUUACUGCUCCAUCAGGCAAACCAGAGGAUCCUUGAUGCAGUUGCGACACGAUUAGAAGUUCCACCAGAAAGGGUCAUAUCAAACUUAGCAAAUUAUGGGAACACGAGUGCUGCUUCGAUUCCAUUGGCAUUGGAUGAAGCGGUUCGAAGUGGGAAAGUGAAGGCGGGCCACACUAUUGCAACUGCAGGUUUUGGAGCUGGUCUAACUUGGGGUUCUGCAAUUAUUAGAUGGGGCUGAAGGUUUUCAAUGACUAGUAUAAAAGAAGAAUGAGAAUUACUUUGUAACGUGAAGUCAAACCAUUCUUGCCCUCCCUUUCUUUCUAUAUGUAUUACAGAUAAUCAGAGAUUUCGCUAACGCAAAAUCUCUCAACAGCUCCCUUUUGUUUGCUUGGUUUCUGUUGUCACAUAUAUUUUUGCAGCUUUAAUUAAUUAUUCUUUUUCCUUUU